AACUCAAUCCUUUGACCAUAACGUGCUUCAUCCUCAUUUCUUCUUCAUCCUACUCGUGCUUCUGCCAACUCCAAUGGCAGCGAUUCCUAUCAGCUCCAGCUUCAACUAUGCUUCCACUUUCUCCUAUUCUUCUGUUCAUGCCCUUCCUCUUUUCUUUGCUCGCCACAACCUGACCCGGGUCAAACUUUCUCGACCCUGUUCUUUCCCUGUGUUUUGCCUAUCUGAAUCCAAGACAGAGAAAACGCAGAUAAGAAGGUUCUCCCCUUUUCUAGAAAGUUCAUUGCUUUCUGGUAAUGAUGCUGUGGCCUCAGAUGAAUGGAAAACAGUUCCUGACAUUUGGAGAUCUUCUGCCCAGAAGUAUGGUGAUAAAAUAGCCUUAGUAGAUCCAUAUCAUGAUCCUCCUUCAACUAUGACAUACAAACAGCUGGAGGACGCAAUAUUGGACUUUUCCGAGGGCUUGAGAGUUAUUGGAAUAAGACCUGAUGAGAAGCUUGCGCUUUUCGCUGAUAAUUCAUGUCGCUGGCUUGUAGCAGAUCAAGGUAUGAUGGCAUGUGGAGCAAUCAAUGUGGUAAGGGGUUCAAGGUCAUCAACUGAAGAACUGCUGCAAAUAUACAACCACUCUGAAAGUGUGGGACUAGCUGUGGACAACCCCGAACUGUUUAAUCGGAUUGCAAAACAGUUUUAUUUGAAGGCUUCCAUGAGAUAUAUUAUUUUACUUUGGGGAGAAAAAUCAAGCCUGAUCAGAGAAGUAGAGAAAGAGGUGCCAGUCUUUACUUUCAUGGAAGUCAUACAUUUGGGACGAGAGAGUCGCAAGGCAUUGUUUGGUUCUCAUGAUGCUCGGCAGCACUUAACGUAUGAAGCAAUAAAAUCUGAUGACAUUGCUACACUUAUGUACACAAGUGGAACUACUGGAAAUCCAAAAGGUGUUAUGCUAACCCAUCAGAAUCUUUUGCAUCAGAUUAAAAAUUUAUGUGACAUUGUACCUGCUGAAGUUGGGGAUAGAUUUCUAACCAUGCUGCCUCCUUGGCAUGCAUAUGAAAGAGCUUGUGAAUAUUUCAUUUUUUCAUGCGGUGUUGAACAAGUAUACACAACCGUGAGAAACUUGAAGGAUGAUUUGGGACGCUAUCAGCCACAUUAUUUGAUUUCUGUUCCUUUAGUUUAUGAAACAUUAUAUAGUGGGAUCCAGAAGCAGAUAUCUAGAAGCUCCCUUGUUAGAAAGCUUGUUGCACUGACAUUCAUAAGGGUCAGCUUAGGGUACAUGGAGUGUAAGCGGAUUUAUGAGGGUAAAUGUCUAACAAAGGAUCCGAAGUCACCUUCCUAUCUCUAUUCGAUGUUGGAUUGGUUAUGGGCAAGAGUUAUUGCUGCAAUAUUAUUUCCAGUUCAUAUGCUGGCAAAGAAACUGGUCUACAGUAAAAUUCAUUUAGCCAUUGGAAUAUUGAAGGCUGGAAUAAGUGGUGGUGGUAGCUUAUCUUCUCAUGUUGAUAAGUUUUUUGAGGCCAUUGGUGUGAACGUGCAGAAUGGAUAUGGUUUGACAGAAACUUCACCAGUUGUUGCUGCUCGGCAGCUUAGUUGUAAUGUUAUUGGAUCUGUUGGGCAUCCAAUUAAGCAUACAGAGUUCAAAGUUGUAGAUUCUGAAACUGAUGAAGUUCUUCCACCUGGUUCAAAGGGGAUUUUAAAAGUCAGGGGCCCACAAUUGAUGAAGGGAUACUACAAGAAUCCUUCAGCUACAAAUCAGGUCAUAGAUAAGGAUGGCUGGCUGAGUACUGGUGAUAUAGGUUGGAUUGUUCCCUUCCAUUCAACUGGGCGUAGUCGUAAUUCUGGUGGUGUGAUUGUUGUGGAUGGCCGUGCUAAAGACACGAUUGUGCUUUCAACAGGUGAAAAUGUUGAACCGGGAGAACUAGAAGAAGCUGCAAUGAGGAGUAACCUCAUACAACAAAUUGUUGUCAUUGGCCAGGAUAAGCGACGUCUAGGAGCUGUAAUUGUUCCUAACAAAGAAGAAGUCUUAAAGGCAGCGAGGGAAUUGUCAAUUAUAGACUCCGAUAGUUCAGAUGUCAGUCAGGAAAAAGUGACCAACCUAAUCCAUAAAGAAUUGAAGACCUGGAUGUCAGGGUCUACAUUUCAAAUUGGGCCAAUCCUUCUCGUAAACGAUCCCUUCACGAUUGAUAAUGGGCUAUUGACACCCACCAUGAAAAUUCGAAGGGAUAGAGUUGUGGCUCAAUACAGGAACCAAAUAGAGAAUCUGUACAAGUAAACUUACCAAAAGCCAAUGGUGUAUCGCACAAUAGACAUGGCUCAAUACUUGAACUAGUUAUAGAAUCUAUACAGCUAACCUUACCUUGUGCCAAUGGCACGACACAUUAGUGUUUUGAUUGUAAAUUAGACAGUAGCAAACUUUUUAAUCCUUGUUCCUGUCUAGCAUUUCUUUUGUUAUUCAAUCUUCUUACAGGAUGAAAAAUACUGUUCUCUUUUAUUAAAAGUAAAUGUGCAUAUACUUUUGUUAUCUUCUCA